AUGUUGAAGACUGUUUUGAAGGGAAAGCUGACCAUGAAGAGCGUAUACAGAGCUGGAACCUGUAUGCGUAGAUUUCAUGGUGGUGUCGUCUUGGGAAGCACUAAUACCUCACAGUUCAUUAAGCAAGUAUCCGAACCAUUCACAGUUACCACGUAUGCUCGUCCUGAAUUGAUUAUUGAGCGUGGUCAAGGCAGUUACUUGUAUGAUUAUGAAGGAAAAGAAUACGUUGACUUUAUGUCUGGGAUUGCUGUGACUUGUUUGGGGCACUCUAAUCCUGAAGUCACUGACAUCUUGACCAAACAAGCCCAGAAGUUGAUUCACAGUUCCAAUUUAUACUACAAUCGUCCUGCCGGUGAUCUUGCUGCCAAGUUGGUAGAACUUACUAAGGCCAGUGGUGGUAUGGCUGAUGCUCUGCGUGUUUUCCUUUGUAACUCGGGUACCGAAGCAAAUGAAGCGGCAUUGAAGUUUGCUCGUAAGUAUGGGAAGACUAAGAAUCCUGAAAAGUAUGAAAUCAUCACUUUCAAGAACUCUUUCCAUGGCCGUACUAUGGGUGCCUUAUCAGUGACACCUAACCCCAAGUAUCAAGAACCUUUCGCUCCUUUAAUCCAAGGUGUAAACGUUGCUGAAGCAGGGAACAUUGACUCUGUUAAGACUCUUAUCAGUAAGGACAAGACCUGUGCCGUUAUCAUUGAGCCUAUACAAGGUGAAGGGGGUGUUAACUCUGUUGACCCUGAAUUCUUGGUCGCUUUAAAACAAUUAUGUGUUGAUAACGAUGUUAUGUUGAUAUAUGACGAGAUCCAAUGUGGAUUAGGACGUUCAGGAAAGUUAUGGGCUCAUGGGUUUUUACCAGCUGAAGCUCAUCCAGAUAUUCUUACCAUGGCAAAGGCUUUAGGUAAUGGGUUCCCAAUUGGAGCAGUUAUGAUCUCAGAAAAGGUUGAAAAUGCUCUUUCAGUUGGUGACCAUGGUACUACCUAUGGAGGUAAUCCACUUGGCUCAGCUAUUGGAUCAUACGUUGUUGAUCAAGUUUCCAAUAGUGACUUUUUAGCUUCUGUUGGUGAAAAAUCAAACAAAUUUUUAACUCGUUUCAGUCAAAUUGCAGACAAAUACCCAAACAAAGUUUCGGCUGUUAAAGGUAAAGGUUUACUCAUUGGUUUACAAAUGGUGGAUGAAGUUGAUGCUGGUUCUGUGGCUUCUCUUGCCAGAGAUAAUGGCCUCUUAGUUAUUACUGCUGGUAUGAAUGUUGUUCGUGUUGUACCUGCAUUGAACAUUCCUGAUGAAGCCAUUGAGAAGGGUUUGGAUAUUUUGGAACAAGCCAUUGCUGCUGUUCCUUUCAAACAAUAA